AGCUUUUCAAAGUCAAUGAGUAACUUGGGGGGCUGGGCAGGGCCAGGCUUGCUGCUGUGGGCCCAGAGGUGUUUUCCACUCCUGAGCAAGUGUGGCUGGCCCGCCUACCUGCUCAAGUGUCCGCCCUGCCCUGUUCUACCCGGUCCGGCCUGGCCAGCACGCCCUGUAGAAAGAAUCCUCUCACCUGGCGGCUGGACCAAGGAAGCCCGCCUCGGGCACCAGCGGGCUUUUCCUGGGGCCCAGCCUGCAGAGCUGUAUGUGGAAGUUCCAGAAAACUACGGUGGAAAUUUCCCCUUGUACUUGACCAAGCUGGCUCUGCCCCGUGAGGAGGCUGGGGGCCAAAUUGUGCUGUCAGGCAACUCAGGCAUGGCAGCUGCAGGCCCCUUUGCUGUGGAUCAAGAGUCUGGCUUCCUGAUGGUGACCAUGGCCCUUGACCGAGAGGAACAGGCGGAGUACCAGCUACAGGUCACCCUUGAGACAGAGGAUGGACGUGUCUUGUGGGGCCCGCAGCCUGUGCUUGUGCAUGUGAAGGAUGAGAACGACCAGGUGCCCCAUUUCUCCCAGGCCAUCUACACAGCGCAGCUGAGCCGGGGCACCAGGCCUGGUACCCCCUUCUUCUUCCUUGAGGCUUCGGAUGGGGAUGAGCCAGGCACCGCCAACUCGGAUCUUCGAUUCCAUAUCCUGAACCAGGCCCCAGCCCAGCCUUCCCCAGACAUGUUCCAGCUGGAGCCUCAGCUGGGGGCUCUGGCCCUGAGCCCUAAGGGGAGCAUCAGCCUAGACCAGGCUCUGGAGGGGCCCUACCAGCUAUUGGUACAGGUCAAGGACAUGGGUGACCAGGUCUCGGGCCACCAGGCCACAGCCACCAUAGAUGUCUCCAUCGUCGAGAACACUUGGGUGCCCCUAGAUCCCAUCCACCUGGCUGAGAAUUGCCAGGUUCCGUACCCGCACCACAUUGCGCAGGUACACUGGAGUGGGGGGAAUGUACGCUACCACCUGGAGAGCCAGCCCCCUGGACCUUUUGAAGUAGACACAGAGGGGAAACUCUAUGUGACCAGGGAGCUGGAUCGAGAAGCCCAGGCUGAGUACCUGCUCCAGGUGUGGGCUCAGAAUACCCGUGGUGAGGACUACGCAGACCCUCUGGAGCUGCACGUGGUGGUGAUAGAUGAAAAUGACAACGCACCUGUCUGUCCCCCGCGUGGCCCCCCGGUCAACAUCCCGGAACUCAGCCCCCCAGGCACCAUGGUGGCUAGACUUUCGGUGGAGGAUGUCGAUGCCCCUGGUUCCCCCAAUUCCCAUGUGGUGUAUCGGCUGCUGAGCCCUGAGCCUGAGGAGGGGGCAGAGAGAAGCGCCUUCAAGCUGGACUCCACCUCGGGCAGUGUGACCCUGGGGGCUGCCCCCCUUCAAGCUGGCCAGAACAUCCUGCUUCAGGUGCUGGCCAUUGACCUAGGAGGAACAGAGGGUGGCCUCAGCAGCACCUGUGAGAUUGCAGUUACGAUCACGGACAUCAAUGACCAUGCCCCUGAGUUCACCGCGUCCCAGAUUGCACCCAUAAGCAUCCCUGAGGACACAGAGCCCGGGACCCUGGUGACCACCCUCAUGGCCACUGAUGCUGACCUUGAACCUACCUUCCGCCUCAUGGACUUUGCCAUUGAGGAGGGGAAUAUAGAGGGAACCUUUGGCCUGGAUUGGGAACCAGAUUCAGGUCAUGUCCAACUGCGACUCCUCAAGAACCUCAGCUAUGAGGCAGCUCCAAGUCACAAGCUGGUGGUAGUGGUGCGAAGUCUGGCAGAGCUAGUGGGACCAGGCCCAGGCCCUGGAGCCACAGCCACUGUGACCGUGUUGGUGGAAAGGGUGCUGCCACCUCUUAAGUUGGACCAGGAGAACUAUGAGGUCAGUGUGCCAGUCAGUGCGCCAGCUGGCUCCCUCCUGCUGACCAUCCAGCCCGCCGCUGACCCCAUGAGCAGCCCCCUCAGGUUCUCCCUGGUCAAUGACUCGGAGGGUUGGCUCGACAUCAAGGAGGCCUCCGGGGAAGUGCACACAGCCCGGCCCCUGCAGGGCGCCCAGCCUGGGGACAUGUACACGGUGCUCGUGGCGGCCCAGGUUGCAGAUGAGCCAACACUGAGCACCUCUGCGACCCUCAUGAUCCACUUCCUGAAGGCCCCUUCUGCCCCAACCCCGACUCUGGCCCCUCUGGCUCCUGUGCCCACCCGACACCUCUGCACACCCCGCCAGGACCAUGGCGUGGUUGUCAGCGGACUCAGAGAGGACCCUGACCUGGCCGGUGGGCAUGGUCCCUACAGCUUUGCCCUUGGUCCCAACCCCACGGUGCAGCGGGACUGGCGCCUCCGGGCUCUCAAUGGGUCCCAUGCCUACCUCACCCUGGGCCUGCACUGGGUGGAGCCACGUGAACACGUAGUCCCAGUAGUUGUCAGCCACGAUGCCCAGAUGUGGCAGAUCCUGGUUCGAGUGAUCGUGUGUCGCUGCAAUGUGGAGGGACAGUGCAUGCGCAAGGUGGGCCGCAUGAAGGGCAUGCCCACGAAGCUGUCAGCGGUGGGCAUCCUCGUGGGCACCCUGAUCGCCAUAGGCAUCUUCCUCAUCCUCAUCUUCACCCACCUGACCCUGGCGAGGAAGAAGGACCUAGAUCAGCCGGCAGACAGUGUGCCCUUGAAGGCGGCGGUUUGAACGGUCCAGGUGGCCUCUGUUGGGAGCUUGGCCUCUGGAUCCACCUGCAUCCACUGGGAGAGGGACCCGAACUCCAGAUCCACGAGGGCCAGGAGAGGGUGGAAACUGCUUCACCUGCCCCAGGGCGGAGGCAUGUCUGCGGAGCCUGCACACUGACUUAAUGGGCUGCCCUUGGAAGUGCUUCAGAUGGCUCAUAUGUGUUCAAUAAUAAAGCCUCAGAGAACUGGGCACGGGCCCUAAGGGACUGCGA